AGCUGUUUUUCCUUCAGGAAAGUGAAUCUGAGUUAGUGACGACACUUCCCCCUCUCCUCGGAUUUAUCCUUGAAGGUUUUUUCUCCCCCUCUCCCCUGUAGGUCGCUGUGAAGUCAACUUUUCUCUCCUUUUUACCAGUUUUAAAGUAAAAACUGCACCAUGUCGCCGCCGUCUCGAAGGCUUCAGACGAAGCCGGUGAUCACCUGCCUGAAGACCUUCCUCAUCUCAUACAGCCUCAUUUUCUGGUUCACAGGCGUGAUCCUGCUGGCGGUCGGCGUGUGGGGGAAGGUGAGCCUGGAGGCCUACUUCACUCUGGCCUCGGAGGAGAGCACCAAUGCACCAUAUGUCCUCAUCGGGACCGGAGCCAUCAUCGUUAUUUUCGGACUGUUCGGCUGCUUCGCUACAUGCCGCGGCAGCCCAUGGAUGCUCAAACUUUAUGCCAUGUUUCUGACCUUGGUGUUCCUGGCUGAGCUUGUGGCCGGUGUCUCUGGAUUUAUCUUCCGACACGAGAUCAAGGCCAAGUUAGGUGUUGCCUAUGACAACGCUGUGACAAACUACAACAGCACCGACGGCAGCAGCAGCAGCGGUGCAGUCGACGUCAUCCAGAGGACUCUGCAUUGCUGCGGAGUGAACAAUUACACUGACUGGAGCGAAACAGCAUACUUUAAAGCCAGCGGCAUCCCCGCCAGCUGCUGUAAAGACAGCGCCAACUGCUCCCCGGAGAGCCUGAAGGACCCGGACAAGGCCGGGCAGGAGGUCUACACCGUGGGCUGCUUUGCGAGGGUGACCCAUGUGAUGGAGUCCAACCUGGGAAUCAUCGCUGGGAUCUCUUUUGGGAUUGCAUUCUUCCAGCUCAUUGGGAUAUUCCUGUCCUGCUGCUUGUCUCGAUACAUAACCAACAACCAGUAUGAGAUGGUCUAACAGUGACCUUCCCCAGGUCACUGAUGGGCAGCUCCUGAUGCAAACUGAGUUAAAGAAUCUCCUGUGAUUUUAUUAUUGUGUUCGUGUUAGUUGAUAUUAUUUUAGAGAGGGAAAAACACUCCAUGCUUUUUCUUUUAUUAAGCAAGAAAUGAGCAGAAAGGAAAUAAUGUUAUCUGCAGUGUAGUUUGACCAAAAAAUGUAAAGGACCUUCGGAGAUCAUGUGUUACUCCUGAGAUUUAAUUAGGGAUUUAUAUUAAGUGUAGAUGUUACUUUUCUUUGAGUUAAUUCAUUUGACCAAUUGUCAACCUUUCCACUUGUGUCUUUGUAUAAUGCAGCUGCCUUCUUUCUUGUAUUUUUGCUAAAAUAUUAGUCUGUGGCUGAGCAGAUGAAAUCUAGACAAUAAGCUGUUAAAUAUUCUCUGCAAAACUAAGUGAAUUUCUGUGAAACCAACAUGGACGAUAGGUCGCCACCCUGAAAAAAAGCGAGUAAGGACUUGAGAAUGAGCCUGACUAAUUACGUAGCCAGUAUUGUUGAAAGCUUUCAUUCAUAUGUGCCAAGUACAGUUACCCCGCCAACUUUAUAUCACAUAUUUCAGUGUUAAGUUGUUAUUCUUUGUGGAUGCAUGUGAAAUAUUUGAAAAAAAUAAAGAUUUAAUUUAGUAUCUUUAA